UGUCCCUGUCGCUAAAAUAGCGUCCCGGUCCAGUGUCCAAUGAGCGAUGUAAUGUCGCACUGACAGGACAGACGGAAAGAAGGAUUUAGCUUUGUCCUUUGGUAGCCAGAGUUUGAUCUAGCACCUUAGGUAAUCUUGCAAACGAUGACGACUCCUGUUGCUCUCGUCACUGGCUCGAACAAAGGCAUCGGAUUUGGCAUUGUAAAAGGAUUGUGUGAGAAAUUCCCUGGAAUUGUGUACCUCACUGCAAGGGAUGAGGGGCGGGGCAAAGCUGCUGUCGCAGAAUUAAACAAGCUUGGCUUAAAGCCAGAGUUCCACCAGCUAGAUGUAACAGAUAAAGCAAGUAUUACUUGUUUGAGGAACUUCAUUCAGGAAAAGCAUGGAGGACUUGAUGUGCUUGUCAAUAAUGCUGGUAUUGCAUUUAAGGCAUCCGCAACUGAACCGGUAUCUGUUCAAGCUGAAGUGACACUUGCAACAAAUUAUUUUGCUCUUGUUGAUUUUUGCAAUGAAAUUUUCCCAUUGUUACGACCACAUGCAAGAGUUGUUAAUAUUUCAAGCUCAUGUGGACAUUUGCUUCGAAUUCCUGGGGAAGAAAUACGCAAACAAUUCUUGAAUCCAAACCUCUCUGUGGAUGAGUUGUCAGAGCUAAUGCAAAAUUAUGUCACUGCUGCUAAAAAUGGAAAUCAAGAAGCCUUGGGCUGGGGCUCUGGUUCUUACAAUGUUUCAAAAGUAGGUGUAAGCAAACUUUCUUUCAUUCAACAAGCCAUGUUUGAUAAG